AUGGCUCCCAAAGGCGCCUCCUCCAAGCAGCAGUCCGAGGAGGACCUGCUCCUUCAGGAUUUCAGCCGCAACCUCUCCGCCAAGUCCUCCGCGCUCUUCUUCGGGAACGCCUUCAUCGUGUCCGCCAUCCCCAUCUGGUUAUACUGGCGAAUAUGGCAUAUGGAUCUUAUUCAAUCUGCUGUUCUGUACAGCGUGAUGACCCUUGUAAGCACUUAUUUGGUAGCCUUUGCCUACAAAAAUGUGAAGUUUGUACUCAAGCACAAAGUAGCACAGAAGAGGGAAGAUGCUGUUUCCAAAGAAGUGACUCGAAAACUUUCUGAAGCUGAUAAUAGAAAGAUGUCUCGGAAGGAAAAAGAUGAAAGAAUCUUGUGGAAGAAGAAUGAAGUUGCUGAUUAUGAAGCUACAACAUUUUCCAUCUUCUAUAACAACACCCUGUUCCUGGUCUUGGUUAUUGUUGCGUCCUUCUUUAUAUUGAAGAACUUCAACCCCACCGUGAACUAUAUUCUGUCCAUAAGUGCUUCAUCUGGUCUCAUCGCCCUCCUGUCUACUGGCUCCAAAUAG